UGUUGCAACACCACGCUCACUGGGAAUAUCCAAACUUCAUCCGCGGGAGGCAAGCCAACGCACCAUAGGCUACUACCACUCCACGGAAAGUUGCUCUCCACGUAAACGAUGGCCAAAUAUAAACCACGGCAGAUUCGAUGCCUUUAUGUUGUCGCUUUGUUAUGUGCUGUGGUAGUUAUUUGUGUGUGUGUUGGCGUUUUCCUUCACCGUGGAUGUUCAGACGGUAACUUCAAGCACGCGGCGGUGGCUGCAGACUCCCAACGUUGUUCGGAAAUUGGCAGGGAUAUCCUGCAGCAAGGAGGAUCAGCUGUAGAUGGCGCCAUUGCUGCUUUGCUGUGCACUGGGCUGGUUAAUCCCCAGAGCAUGGGUCUGGGUGGAGGGUCCAUAUUUACCAUCAUGGAUAAGUAUGGCAAGGUGAAAGUUUUCAGCUCCAGAGAGACCGUCCCUCUGGCCUUCAAAGCAGACCUGCUCAAGGACUGUCCCUCCAGUCUCCAGCUGAUCACAGGUAGUCAGUGGAUCGGCGUACCAGGGGAGCUUCGUGGGUACCAGGAAGUCCACAAGCGCUACGGCCGUCUUCCCUGGGCGUCGCUGUUCAAGCCCACCAUCAGACUGGCCAGGGAGGGAUUCCCCAUGCCAGCCUACCUGAGUAAAUUCCUCUCCGUACCCAUGAUAGCCAACGCGGUGAAAGCCUCGCCUCUCUGUGAGGUGUUCUGCAGGGAGAAUAGGACGGUUCUGAAGACAGGGGACACAUUGAAGUUCCCCAAGCUGGCAGAAACCAUGGAAACCGUGGCAGAACAAGGAGCUGACGUCUUCUACACAGGCAGCAUAGGACGUGACUUGAUCCAUGACAUUAAAGCUUCUGGUGGGACCCUCACCAUGGAGGACCUGAGGUUGUUUAAAGUCAGGAAGCAGGACGCGUGGACGAUUCCUCUGGGAGGCUACCAGAUGCACAUCCCUCCUCCACCAGCAGGGGGAGCCUUGCUUGCCUUUAUUCUCAACAUCAUGAAAGGGUUCAAUCUCACGCCGAGUUCCAUGGAGGGUGAAGGGAAGGCACAGUUCUACCAACGCUACAUUGAGGCGGCUAAAUUUGCUAGCGGCCAGCAGCACAGCAUUCAUGAUCCCAUCUUUGGCACUGCGGGAAAUGCAUCGUACUUGGUGAGCUCGGACUUCGCGGCACGCGUCAGGGCGAAGAUAACCCUGGACGGCACCCAUAGCGACUCGUACUACAACGUCACGUCGUCGUCCGAUCGCUACGGGACCACUCACGUGUCCGUCCUGGCUAAGGACGGCUCAGCCGUCUCCGUCACAAGCACCAUCAACCACAUGUUUGGUUCGAUGGUUUACUCCCCGAGGACAGGCAUCAUUCUCAACAACGAGCUGGCAGACUUCUGCGGAAGGGCAGACCGCUUCAGAUCGGGUGAGCAGCCGCCCUCCUCCAUGGCGCCUGCGAUACUGAAGUCUCGUUCAGGAGACAGGACCCUUGUGAUUGGUGGAUCUGGGGGUAGCAUGAUCACCACAGCGAUGGCCUUAUCGAUUAUGAACCACGUCUGGCUGGGUAUGGGUCUGAAGGAAGCCAUCGCUGCACCAAUUGUGUUUGUAAACGGAGAGAAUAAGGUCCAGAAAGAAUCAUGGUUCGAUGAGUCUGUUUCGGAGGUCUUAAGAAGGAUUGGCCAUAGAGUGGAAGACUGCAUAUUCUCCUUCAACGUUGUCAACGCUGUUGCCAAGGAGCGAGGUUGCAUUUCCGCCGUGUCCGACGCCAGGAAGAUGGGUCAGGCUGCAGGGUUCUGACCCGUUGGCCAACCGAACAGGAACCCAGAGUUCACCAGCUUCCUUAACGCCCCGAUUGACAUUCUACUGGAAUUUAAUGUGCUCCAUUAUUUACAAAGGAUGGAUAAAUGAAUGUCCCUCAGUUGCAUUUACAUCUGAAUUCAAGUGCUGUUUCGAUAUUUACAGCUUUGCCAUAAAAGCAUGACUAAAAGAAUAACAUGGGUCUCAUGGAACUCAGAGAUAGGUUCUCUUUGGGGUAAAGUGAGGGGGGGGGGGCUCUAAGUUUGGCUCUGAGGGGGAUGGAGUUACUAAUUUUACCAAAGUCAUCACUGUCUGUUGUUGGUGAGUCAUGGGACGGCACCAGCCGCAUCCUGACGGGCCCUGAGAACAGAAGGUCAGUCCAGUCUGUCAGCUGUGGUAACAUUGGACUCACACCGAGACCACAGGGGGUCCAUCACUUCCUGUGAGGAGGGGGGGAGGGGGUCCGACUAAGCGCAGCAUGAUGUGCCGUGCAACACGCUCUGCUUGUGGGCGUGGGUGGGUGGGUGAUGGGUGUAGCAUUGUAGCUCGGCAAGGAUGAGUGUAGCUCAGUGGUUUAGUGUUUGAUUGCAGAUGAAGAGGUUGCAGGUUGAAAUCUGUCCUUGUAUGUCACUUUGGAUAAAAACAUAUGCUAAAUUAAUACAUUAUUGUUACUAUAUUAUUAUAAGUAAGAAAUUAUAUCUUACUGGGGGCUAUGAAAAUGGGAUUGAGGGUUUGGGUUGUUGAGAUAGGUGUUGAUUCAUACAGUUAGUUUUUUUUAUACAAAUGUAUGUGAAAUAUAUUUGAUACAGCAUAUAUGAAAUGUUCAUUUAAAAACAAUUCAACCUUUAGAAACUUUUGGUUCACACAGGUAGUGAAAGGAGAUAAUUUUUGUUUGUUUUUGUAAAAAAAAAUGUUUUUGUAAAAAU